AUGUCCAUGAUGGGUAAGAUGAACCAUUUUCUUGGACUCCAAAUUAAGAAACUAAAGGAUGGCAUCUUCAUCAAUCAAUUAAAGUACUGCAAAGAGUUGUUGAAAAGAUUCGACAUGGAUAGUUGCAAGGCAAUGUCUACUCCAAUGGGAUCCGGAUGUUAUGUUGAUCAAGAUGAAUCAGGUGUUUCGAUUGACAUCACAAAGUAUCGAGGUAUGAUUGGUUCCUUACUUUAUUUGACAGCAAACCAUCUUGAUAUAAUGUUUAGUGUGUGUCUUUGUGCGUGUUUUCAAGCCAAUUCAAAGGAAUCGCAUCUCACCGUUGUUAAAAGGAUCAUGAAGUAUCUCAAAGGAACAACAAAUGUCGGCAUAUGGUAUCCUAAAGGUAGUAUUUGCAAUUUAGUUGGUUAUUCUGACGCUGAUUAUGCAGGAAGUAAAAUUGAUACAAAGAGCACUAGUGGUACAUGUCACAUUCUUGGAAAUGCAUUAGUAUCAUGGGCUUGCAAGAAACAAGCAUGUGUUGCCCUCAGCACUACCGAAGCGAAAUACAUUGCAGCAGGUAGCUGUUGUGCAUAA